AUUUUACACACUCGCUGAAUUGCCGUUGUGCAGAAAUUACGUCUGUAUUCAAAAUGACUCGCAUGUGCACAAGUUAGACAAUAAAUAUUUCCAUUAAGACAAUAAUUUACCGUCGAAACUAUUUGGACCACCAGGACGAGGUGGAUGAAUGUUACUUAUCUUUGAAACGGACUGAGAAAAUAUGCCUGAGAUAAAAGUUACACCGCUGGGUGAGUUACUCACUGUGGCUAAAAAUUUAGCAUCUGUAAAGCUAGUUCCGUCAACAUCAUAAACCAACAGCUGAGAAACUUCAGUUAACUGAAUAUUUCACUCUCAGUCGAAAUUUAAUUGAUGUAUUAUUUAUUUUUAUGGUUGCAAGCAGCUUGUUAGUGCCUGGUUUUAGUCUUUUUUAACAAAUAUUAGCCAGUGAAGAAGCUAAGUUAGUGAGUUGGUGGUGCGCUCACUGACUUCUCUCCUCUCUCCAAGGUGCUGGACAGGAUGUCGGUCGCAGCUGCAUCCUCGUCUCUAUCGGAGGCAAAAACAUCAUGCUGGACUGUGGGAUGCACAUGGGAUACAAUGAUGAUGUGAGUUUUAUGUUUCAAUCUAAAAUGACAAAGAAAAUGACUUGUUUAACUUCUCACAUGACAAAAAUACUCCUAUAAAAGUGAAGGAGAAAAGGACACAUGCAGAAACAGAAAAAUAAAUAAAAGAGAGAGUCAAAACGUAAGAUGUUAUGCUGAAUGUAUAAGUUUAACCGCGUAAAAACAUUGUGAAUUAAGUCUGCUAUGGUAAAGUUGCAUUUAUUGAUUGGUUUUCUGACAGAUUUAUAAUUUAAUUUAGACUGUUAGAGAGGAGUCUGCCACUACAUAAACUGUAAUAGCAGGGAUUUAAAUUCUGUGUUGUUAUCUCAGAUUUCUCUCUGUUUUAUAAUUAUCUGUAAUCAUCUGUGUUUUCAUUGCAGAGGCGGUUCCCAGACUUUUCUUAUAUCACUCAGAACGGACGUCUGACGGAGUUCUUGGACUGUGUGAUCAUCAGGUUUGUUGUCUUAAAGGGAUAUUCCAGCGUAAAAUUAAUUUAGGGUCAAACACACCAUAACACUGAGUUAAACACCCCGUCGAGAGAUGAAUGUUGCCGACCGCUUGCUUCUCUAGUUAUACCAACUUUAGUAACGACCGCAGGAUAGCAAUCAAAGUGAUCUGAGGAGCCGUAAACAAACCUCAACCAAAACGCCACUCUAUAGCCACAAAUAAUGCUCAGAACAGCACCUAACUUCAUCUACAGGACAUAUAGGGUCACAGCCGUAGUACUAGACACCAAACAUCUUUUUAACUUUGACUAAUUUCUUUAGCAAAGAGACUAAACACAACUCACCUACUCUCUUCCAGCAGCCGCUUAUUUGUAGUGAGACCUCCGGCCAGUCCAUUACGGACUCCUGCGGGGUGACGCAGCUCAAGGAAGAACAUUUAUGAUCAUUUCUUUAUCAUUUACUUGAAGUAAUAAUCACCAUAUUAAUCAUUUUGCACUGCAGACGCGGUAGUUCUUCUGCCUUAGCGUCUCGGUCUGAUUGUAUUUCCAUGAAGAAAUUAUCAUAAAUGUUCUUCCUUGAGCUGCGAAACUCCGCUGUAGUCCGUAAUGGACUGGCCUGAGGUCUCGCUACAGACAAGCGGCUACUGGAAGAGAGUAGGUGAGUUGUGUUUAGUCUCUUUGAUUAAGAAAUUAGGCAAAGCUAGAAAGAUGUUUGGUGGCUAGUGCUGUGGCUGGGACCCUAUAUGUCCUGUUGACCCAAACUUAAUUUUACGCCGGAAUAUCCCUUUAACAUUUACAGGACACACAACAACUCUUCUCUAUCUUUAACUUCAUGAUAUCAGUAAAUUAAUCAAGCGUUCUGACCUGAUUUUACUCAGCCAUUUUCACCUGGACCACUGUGGCGCUCUGCCCUACAUGAGCGAGAUGGUGGGUUACGACGGUCCCAUUUACAUGACCCACCCGACAAAAGCCAUCUGUCCCAUUCUGCUGGAGGAUUUCAGAAAAAUCACAGUGGACAAAAAGGGCGAAACCAACUUCUUCACCUCUCAGAUGAUCAAGGAUUGCAUGAAGAAAGUGGUGCCUCUGAACCUGCACCAAACUGUCCAGGUGCGGUACUCGUAUUUCACGUCUGCUGUGUUUCCAGGUAUCUGUUGCUUAAUCAUCUGUGCGCCAGCUGCUCGUCUCUUUUGAUGGCGAAUCAAGCUGUUUCUGUUGUGCUGCUGGCAGGUGGAUGAUGAGCUGGAGAUCAAGGCGUACUAUGCAGGCCAUGUCCUGGGAGCUGCCAUGGUGCACAUCAAAGUGGGAUCAGAGUCUGUGGUCUACACUGUGAGUAAACAGAUCUGCACUGCAUUAGUCAGUCAGUUUGAGCGCUCACAUCUCAUGCUGUUUGUUUUUUUUUUUGUUUUGUUUUCAGGGAGAUUAUAACAUGACUCCUGACAGGCACCUCGGGUAAGCGACCUCGGCUUUGUUUCCCUCUGAGGUUAUUUCUCCUCCCUGUGGGGGUCAUUCAUUCACACCUGUGUCGUGUUUGCAGAGCCGCGUGGAUCGAUAAGUGCCGUCCAGACAUCCUUAUCUCUGAGUCAACAUACGCCACCACCAUCCGAGACUCAAAGAGAUGCAGAGAGCGGGACUUCCUGAAGAAAGUUCAUGAAUCUAUAGAGAGAGGAGGAAAGGUAUUAUCACAGUCAGUUUGAGAACAGUAGGUGGUCUGUGAGAAGUGUGUGCAGCACUUGGCUUGUGUUCAGUUGUUUUGUAGUGUGACUUUGGGCAUUUCAGCAUCACCAUAUGGUUGGGCUGGGCGAUAAAACGAUAACGAUAUAUAUUGACAAUUAAUUUCCCUCAAUAUCAAUAUAAAAUAAGUCUGCACGAUAUUGGAAAAAACUAACAUUGCAAUUUUUUUCAACCCUGCGAUAUAUAUUGUGGUAUUACAAAAUACAGGAAAACCACUUUAUGCUGUGCUGUACUGCUGAAGUCUCAUGGACAAUUAACCUGCACUGAUUUGACCUCUUUUUGUGAAUGUUAGUAGAAUGACUUCUGUCUGUCUUAGAGAUAUUUUUUGCUUGCUUUUAUUAUGCUGGGACCAGUGUUGUUUUCGUUGACGCCCCUUUUUAUCCACAACGAAGACGGGACGUUGACGAGCUAAAUAUAAGUCUUAGAUGACUAAAAUGUGACAGGUGAAGCGGACAGCACUGUCGUUGAGAAAAAAAGAAAAUGAGCGCUACCCCCCGCAGAAAUGAUGGUGAAGGCUCAAUAGAUGACGACAUCGGCGACAACACUGGCACAAAAAUGUCAGUGGUGUGGAGGUAUUUUGGUUUUUUGAGGUCAGACAUGAGGCAGAGUAAUGUGUACUGUAAUGUAAAUUAUGCCGAGUACAUGUUCUCACAAAGUCGGGGAAUACCUCAAAUCUUUUUCACCACCUAAAGUAGUGCCACACGGCAGAGCAUGCACAAUACAAAAGGUUACAAAACCCAGGCGGAGCAAGGAGCCGAAAGAGCCGACCAUUCAAUCUGCUUUCUCUAGCGCAACACCUUACGACAAAAACGUCAAAGAGACACAAAGACCUCACAGAUGCAGGAGAUUAUUGUACUGCAAAAGACAUGCUACCAAUAAGCACUGUUAAAUUUCAUUUUUAUAAUGUGAUAAACUUUUAUAAAAUAAAAAAAUAUAUUGUGAUAAACUUUUUUCUAUAUCGCCCAGCCCUACCAAGAGGUCAUACUUAGACACUAGUGUAGUGUUGCUGUAAUCACAGACUGCCUUUCUUUCAUUUUUAGGUUCUAAUUCCGGUUUUCGCCCUCGGGAGAGCUCAAGAACUCUGCAUCCUGCUGGAGACGUUCUGGUACAGCUUCUCCUCCAUUCCCUAAAACACUUACCUGAAGCCAAACACGUCAAAAUAACCCGUUUAAAGUUGGUGAAUGUGAAGGAGCUCCUGUAAAAGCUGCUAAUGAGAGGGCAGGCCAGUGAUGUGGGCUGAUAAUAACCGUUCUCCGGCUGAGUGAUAUCAGAAAAAAGCCCAAUUAAAGCUAAUGAUGUUAAUGAUAAAAAGAUACAGCCCAAUUGAGAAUAAUAAGCACCCAGAGGGGUCAGGAUUUGUCUGUGUUUUAAAAGCUUCCUUGAAAAGCUCUUUUACUUUUAUUAAGCUUGAUAGGAGAGCUGUGGUGUGUGAACUUUUUUUGGUGUUAAGCGGCUGCUCUAAUUAUCUCCUCUCGCCCACCAGGGAGAGGAUGAACCUGAAGGCCCCCAUCUACUUCUCCACCGGGCUGACAGAAAAGGCGAAUCAUUAUUACAAGCUGUUUAUAACCUGGACCAAUCAGAAGAUCCGUAAAACCUUUGUACAGAGAAACAUGUUUGAGUUUAAGCACAUUAAGGCUUUCGAUCGCUCCUACGCUGACAAUCCUGGACCCAUGGUGAGUGAUGUUCACAUUUAGAUGUAUAUAUUUAAGAUGUUUAAUACUCAAACAUCGACAUGUGCUCCUCCAGGUGGUGUUUGCGACACCAGGUAUGCUGCAUGCGGGUCAGUCUUUGCAGAUCUUUAAGAAAUGGGCCGGCAAUGAGAAGAACAUGGUGAGUCUCUUACGGGAAAUGUUUUCUUCACAGACGACAGCACUUUGCACAAAUUCUCAGUUUGUCUUUUUCUUUAAUUUAAGGUGAUCAUGCCGGGAUAUUGUGUACAAGGAACAAUCGGACACAAGAUCCUGAACGGGCAGAGGAAGCUGGAGAUGGAAGGAAGAGCAACAGUAAGGCGGUUUUUGGAGAUGUAGUGAAGUUUGAUCAUAACCAGAGUCGAGUCGAAGUUUGAUCAGAGCAGUUUGAUUUAUUUUUUUUGGUAAUUUUUUUUUAAAUUGACAUUCAGAGUUAGACAUUCCCAAUAUAUACGUCAUGUAAGCAGACUUCUCGCAUCUGUUGUCUGCCCUAAAUGUUACUAAAGUUGGUUUAACUAGAGAAGCAAGCGGUCGGCAACAUUAAUCUCUCAAGGGGGUUUUUAACUCGGUGUUGCGGUGUGUUUGACUCUAAAUUAAUUUUACGCCAGAAUAUCCCUUUAAACUUCACACUAAUAUUUACUAACUGUCUCAUUUCUCUGUCAGUUGGAUGUGAAGCUGCAGGUGGAGUACAUGUCCUUCAGCGCUCACGCGGACGCUAAGGGCAUCAUGCAGCUCAUCCGUAUGGCGGAGCCUCGAAACAUGCUGCUGGUGCACGGGGAGGCCGCCAAAAUGGAGUUCCUGAAGGGCAAGAUCGAGCAGGAGUUCAGUAAGUGCACCUCGGUCCGUAUGUUUAGAUAGACCUAUGAACCAGAUUGUAGGGGAGACGGCCUCUUAAGUCGCUGUUUGUGUUUUUCAGGCAUAGACUGCUACAUGCCAGCCAAUGGGGAGACGGCUACCGUGACUACGAACCCCAGUGUACCUGUGGACAUCUCACUCAACCUGCUCAAGAGGGAGAUGGCACUAGGAGGUAGGUUUUAGAGUUUCCUCUCAGUGCCAUGGCAACAGUGUGAUAGUCCAGUGUUUGUUCAUGUUUUUUCUUGUAUCUAAGGUCCUCUUCCUGAUCCCAAAAAGCCUCGCACCAUGCACGGCACCCUGAUCAUGAAAGAAAAUGUAAGUUUGUUUAAUUUUUCAUUUUACUGGAGACCUUUAGAGUCGUGGAAUUUCCCCCAUAAAGGUGAAACUGAUGCGAAUCAUUUCAAUCUCCUUCGGUUUUUCUCCUGAUCUCAGAGUCUGAAGCUGGUCCCGUCGGAGCAGGCCCUGAAGGAGCUCGGCCUCAACGAACAUCAGUUACGCUUCACCUGCCGCGUGCCGCUCCAAGACCCGCACAGUGACACCGACACACUUCACAGAGUCUACACACACCUGAAGAGGUGAGAGGAGCGCCGCAUGAGGGGUCACUGAACCUCUGCUUACCCACAUGUGACGUUUUAAAAUUCACACCAGACUGACCGUUAUCUAGCUUUUCUUAAUGCAAGAGAUACUGCUGGUGUGAUAGACAUAUUUAUUCAUGAGUCAUAUUUCGACACACUUUAUCUACCACACUCGAGGUGUUAGAUAAAAAGCGCUAACUUCCGCAUGUUUCCACUGUUUCAGCGUUUUAAAAGGUUACACCAUCCAGCAUCUCCCCGACGGCACAGUCAUGGUGGAGUCGAUCGUCAUCAAGGUCUCCUCCUCCGCCGAAGACACCAACAGCAAAGUCCUCCUACUGUCCUGGAGUUAUCAGGUGAAACACUUUUUACAAUCACACUUAAACAGGCUUAAAUCCUUUUAGUAUCGGACUAAAUGCAAAUUUUUGGGUGUAAAAGCAGCAUUCAACUAAACAAAAUAAAAGAAGUAUGUGACAAUUGAAGAAGGCAGAGAAAGGGCAAAAAGUGGAGAAGUAGAUAUAAGCCGAUUUUCAUUCAGACCCAACUAAUCAUCAUGUGGAGGGAGGAAAAACAGAUGUUAGGGAUCAUAAAAAAGACAUUUAAAGGUGUGAUUUUCAUGAUUAGGCUCUUAUUUUGAUAAUUUAGGGUUUUUUUUUCCUUAUAUUGUGAGUUCAACAGCUUCCUGAAAGAGAAGGAAUCAAAUCUAAAUCUUCAGUUCCUUUCUGUGCAUCUUCAUCCUCUAUUCCAGCACUUUGAUUAUAUCUUGACUUUGGCAAUACGACACAUCAUGCAAACUCAACGUGGAGUUUAGUAAAGCUUUGAAUAGGGACGUUUACGGUUGUUUAUUAUUCAUUUUAUCAAGUCAGUAGGCUUGUGUUUCAUUAUCAUGUAAAGGUGAAAUAAAAGGGGGCCAUGAAUUGAUCCCUGUGGAACUCCAUAUUGAGCUGUUUUGGAAACAAACUCUGACAGACUCUGACUGUAGCAGAAGAAUGAUGUGUUGUAGUUUUGGUGUCGUAAUCUCAUAAAUUAUUGUUUGCUGUGAGGAAGUCGGACUAAAAAUUAAUCGAAAUGGCGCGAUUAGCUCAGCUGCGUGUCAGUACUCGCAUACCACAGUUCCCUCUUCCUCUGCUUUAUCUGUUGUUAAACGUGACCAUCAGAUAGUUGUAGGAGACCACCGACCUCAGGCUCAUCUUAUUUUUUAUCACAGUCACUUCUAAAACAAGACACCAAGAUUUUAUAACCUUAAACACGUUUCCUGUGUUAGUUGAUACUUUAUCUAUGAAUGAUACUUCCUUGUUUAUACCUUUAGGAGAGACUUAAAGUUAAAUCUUUUCUUUAAAGUUAAAAAUGAGCUAACUGAAAUGUAAAAAAAUCCUGUGGGUUUCAGACUCUGUUGCACGUUGCACCUAAAGGAAAGACCUGAAAUCAUUAAGCUUUUGUCCUUCAGAGAUGAGGAGAUAAAAUAUUAACUCUUGUUUUCAUUUGAACAUUUCAGUUAUUGUAGAUCUGUUAUAAAUGAAUGCAAGCAUUAAAUUUCCUCUUCUAUAAACGGUCUUGAUGCAAAACCUCCUUUCUUGAUUUUGUAAAAAACGUGAAAUCAUAACGCCUCGUUUUCUGAGGUGACAGCAUGAGUCUGCAUCCAGCGCAGAAAUGAGCAGCAAUUACUCGAUUUGAUUCCCGGCUGGUUGGACUCCUCACUAUCACUAUCACUAUCAAAAAUGUAUCAAACAAAACAACUACAAGACCUCAUGGCAGCCAAGAUGGAGAAAAAAGAAGCUAAAUGCACAAAAAUUAAGAAAUACUUCAUGUUUCUGCUCAGUGUUUUUGUCUUCAUGCCAUAGUAUGCUGGUUGUUUUUUACUAUUUAAACAAUCUGGUUUGAUGAGCCACACGAAGUGAAAACAUUCGCGUGGGCAGAGCAUACUCGGUGGGUUUUUCCACAGUGAGACAGCAGAUGAAAGUAGAGGGAGGGGAAACCGCGCUGCUGAACUCGACGCAGUGGAAGGAGAAGAGCGUCUGCGGCUUCAUGUGUUCCACGCAGAGGGGAGAAAAAUGAAAGCGUUUGUGUGUCCGUCACUUUUUCUAACUUGAGUUGUCUCAAAUGAACGCAGAAGAAAUGUGACUGUGGGCAGAGAUCGAACGUUUGCUGCUGAUUGUGAUGGAAGAAUUUCUCCAAAUUGGUGUUAGUGUGUGUGCUGUAAAAAGUAGAAUAAUCUCUGAACUUCAAAUUUAUCCUCCUUUUUAUACUGUAAAAAGUUUAUUCUCUUAAGAGUCUGUGCUGUGUAACAUGGGAAAAAACAGUUUCCUCAGUUAGUCUGACACCUCCUCACAUCCGUGGUUUCAGAUGUACUGAGAUAACUGUUCAAAAAUAGUCACUCAUGUUGUCUUUUUAUAUCAUGAAGCCACAUCAGUAUGUAUUUCACUCUGUUUGUAACCGGUCAGAAACUCUUCACAGGAGCUUAAAUUCACUUUUCUCAUGAGAAAAAGUGCCAAAUAUUUGAGGAUUGUGGGAUUUUUUUAUUUAUUACAUGACCUGAUCAACAAAAAAGAAUAAACAAAACUAAAAAUACACAAUAAUCAAACUAAAAACAGCACGUUUCAAAAAGACUAUAAGGUAUCAACUUAGGUUUCCUACCACGUCCUAUAGACAAGGUUCCUACACAAGUAUGGAAAAGUAUGGAAGUAAUUUGAUCAGUUUCCAGGUCUUAAAAAGUUUGGAAAAUGAAAAAUAAAGUAUGGAAAAAUAUUUAUGUUAACAGACUAUGUUACCAUAGUAAUGAAAUACUGUUUUCUAAAAUAGAAAAGGAGGUAUUUGCAAAAAUAAUUCUAAAAAGUAAGGUACGGAAAAGUAUGGAAAUUCCAACUGUGUAGGAACCCUGAAUAAAUCUGUACAAACUUUAUACACAAAGUUCUUUGUACUUCCCAAAUAUUCAUCUUGUGCCAAAACUUAAACAAACGUGUUUACCAUCCAGACUGUCGCACAAGUCAAGCCCACAAAUUUACACACACAAACUGAAUUUACAAAAACAGGGUGAUACAGUUUACAGUCGUUUUCUUCUUCUCCGUCAUUGUUAACAAUACAUCUGUAUGUCAAACUAGUUGAGCGAACUCUGAAAGAACCAAAAAGAGGUCAAACAAACUCUGGUAAAUGCAAAAAUAAGAGGUUUACAGUUUUAUUCCAGGGGAUUUCAGGUUAGAAACAAACUUUUUGGAUGCUAGAGUUAGUCCUCUGCAGGUCAAGUUGUACAUUUUAGAAAGUCUCUGAAAAAGACAAAUUCAAGAAGUAAACGGAUUGGACCUUUGAUUUUUGUGAGCUUUAAUCAUCAAGAUUCAAAUGACAUGAAAUAUUUUACAGUAUGGGUAAAAAUUAGCUUUUUCUGGACGUCGUAGUAUUUUGAUCUGAUUCUGUUCAAAUUAAAAAUGGAGCUUAUCUGCUGUCUGUUCCAGGAUGAGGACCUGGGGAGUUUCCUCUCGACUCUGCUGAAAAAAGGGCUUCCAUCUGGACUCUGCUGAGGGACUCUCCGUGUAACUUUAGCCCCUAAACUGUGAAAACUACUCUGCCAAGCCUGGAUUUGUGGCGGCUGAAGAUCUCAAAAAGUUACCCGUAAACUUCAAAAAGGUGGAAAUUAGUCGUGAUAAUGGACUUAAAGUGGCUCCAGCCCAGAUUUGCAGAUUCUCAUGGACAUUUUUCAUUUCUAUUAGAAACGUUUCUUUGUUUGGAUGUAAAAUAAACCUCUUUAUAGGAAAGUUU